AUGGAUGACUGCCGGGAUAUCCUGCGAGGCUUCAACCCGGCGUGGUUCACAGCCACCAUGGGCACCGGUAUCACUGGCGUGCUAUUCUACGGAUUCCCCUACGAGUCGGCAGCCAUCCACUACAUCUCAAUGGGCAUUGCGUUGUUCAAUGUGCUGCUGUUCGUGGUGCUCAGCGCCCUGCUCACCGUGCGCACAGUCAUCUACCGCGAUUUCCACCGCAUCAUGCUCCACCCGCAGGCCAGCAUGCCGCUGGGAGCCAUCCCGAUGGGUCUGUGCACGAUCAUCAACAGCCUGAUAUCGAUGCUCAAGCCGUACCACCCGCCAUGGAUCCCGACGCUCGUGCUUGUCCUGUGGUGCAUUGACGUGGUGCUAUCGCUGCUGUCUUGCCUGUCGGUGCCGUUCCUGCUGACGUCGCACCAGAAGCAGUCCCUCAAGACCAUGAAUGCCACAUGGAUUCUGCCUGUCGUGCCACCCGUGGUUGCUGCGGCAUCGGGUGCCCUGGUAGCAUCGAUCCAUUCGGGCUGGACCGCCAACACGAUCGUGCUCGUAUCAUACGUAAUGUGGGCCAUGGGUGUCGGCAUUGCCAUGAUGCUGAUGACCAUCUAUCUGCUGCGCCUGGCGCUCUACAAGCUGCCAGCCAAGGAGGCCAUUGUGUCGGCCUUCAUCCCCCUGGGUCCGCUCGGCCAGUCGUCGUACGGCAUCCAGCAGCUGGGCAUCGAGGCACGGCGUCUGUUUCCCGAGACCCUAGCCAAGGUGCCGGGCAUUGGCGAGUUCAUGUACUGCUUCGGCUUUGCCACUGGCCUGCUCAUCUGGUCCCUGGGUCUCUGGUGGCUUGCCCACGCCAUCUACAGCGUGCUGUGCACGCGCAAGCGCUCCCACGUCCCCUUCAACCUCGGCUGGUGGGCAUUCAUCUUCCCAGUCGGCACAUUCACCUCGGCCACCGGCAGCCUGUACGCAAUGUCUGGGUACGAUUUCUUCCGCGUGCUGGAUGCCAUCCUGAUUGCAGGCAUCUUAGCCCUGUGGAUCUAUGUCAUGGCCCAGACCGUCUGGUACGCGUGGAGCGGCGCUCUGUUCGCGCCUGUCGCCGUCGCAGCUCCCAAAUCCCGCCACAGCCACCAAACGCUGUCCGACGCUCCCAACUCCAAGGAGGAGGAAGAGGACCCGGCGCACCUGGUCUAG